AUGCCCGUACGUCGGGCGCUUCCCUCCGCCACCCCCCCUACUACCCCUCCCACGGGCGGAUCCUCCUCCAUCGUAGGAGGAGGGGGCAGUGAUAAAACUCCCAAACUCAGCAAACCCGCCCCCACGGAUCUCCCCUACACCGGGGAGGAAAAGGCCUUUCUCGCCAGCCUGCGAUCCCCUUCUUCCGGGGGGGCGACCCUCGCGAAGGUGGCGGAGACGUGGGGGUCCGGCACCGCGUUGGAGAUGCUCGCGGGCAUCACGGAAAAGAUCCUCGGCGUCGCCGCGGAGCGAUUCCUCCUCGAGCAGCAGCACGCGGGAAACGCCCGGAUUGGUUCCUCCCCUUCCGCUGGUGGGGGGGAUCCCGUCAACGACGAGGAUGGGAUGCGGUCUUCCCUCGUGCCGGAAACGAAUUCGAUGGCGGCGAUGAUUAGCGGGAUUCCUUCUUUUUCCACCCCCCUCACCCCUGCCCAGUUUGCGGAGGAAAACGCGUACAUCCUGGAGCAGCUUAGGACCUUUCCGGAGUGCCCGUUCACCGUUCAGCGGUUGGUGGAGAUUUUGGAAAACCCGUUUCGGCAUUACGCCGGUGCGAAGGAUGGCGGGCUGCGGGCGGAGGCCUUGCAGAAGGCGAUUCGACGAUGCGUGAUGGUGACGUACCCGUUUACGACGGGCGGGGGUGAAGAGGGCAUCGGGAGCCUCGUCGACGGCGGGGAAUCCUCCGCGAAGACGGCAAUCGCGAGUAAAUAA